AUGUCGGACGAGAAUAACACGUUUCGUCCCAAACCAUCAUUUCACAACGGCGACAGGGCGAACCAGAAUCCUUCUUCGCCAUUCCACGAUCGCUUCCAAUUUGAAAAUAUGGACGACGUGACGCUAGACAACAGCGUGUUUGAUAACAGCGGAAAUGCGCCGUCGUCAGUUCCUUCGACAGCGUCCAAGGGCGGAUCAAUUAUGAGACGGCAAGGCCAGAAUAAAAAGAAGACAGGCACGAAGAUAGCGUUUGCUGACAGCGACAAACCGCAAGAAUUUGAAGAGCUCUCACUGGAGUCGGAUGGUGACGACUCACACUCGUUCACGGGGACGCCAAGAGUCGCUCAACUGAAUCAGUUUCAGGGCCCCGUUGGCAGUGCUAAAGACGAAAACGCUGACGACAAUAAUUCAGAGGGCUUGAAGCGGAUGCGGUGGGGUACUAAACGUAAUAAAAAGGGCACGCCCAGUGUCGGGCGUGCUAAGACGCUCCGGUGGGCUAAAAAAAACUUUCAUAACCCGUUUGAGGACGACAAGAAACCGGACAACGAUGCUGACAGUUCGAGCCACAGCGAUGACCAAGACAGCAGCAAUCGUUCUGCAGAGCUGCGCUUCGUCUAUUAUAACAUGCCACUGCCGGAAGAGUAUCUCGACGAAGAAGGAAAACCCAUCGUGGAUUAUCCACGUAACAAAAUUAGAACCACCAAAUACACCGCACUGUCAUUUAUCCCCAAAAAUCUGAUGCUGCAAUUCCAAAAUGUUGCCAAUGUGUAUUUUUUGAUUAUGAUUAUCCUCGGGUUUGUGGAUAUUUUCGGUGUCACUAAUCCAGGACUACAAACAGUGCCACUUAUUGUGAUUGUAGUGCUGACGGCCAUAAAAGAUGCUAUCGAAGAUUCGCAGCGUACUAUAUUGGAUAUGGAGGUGAAUAACACAACGACUCAUAUCUUAUCGGGCAUCACUAAUCCUAACGUUUCUGAAGAUAACGUCUCAACUUGGAGAAAAUUCAAAAAAGCCAAUUCUAGAGUUCUUUUCCAGUUUAUUCGGUUUUGCAAGUCAACAUUCAGCAAACAAGCUCGCCGCGCCGAAGCCCAACGGAAACGUGAAGAGCAUCAUAAAAUGAGCGGUGCCACGCCUCGUAAUUCCUUAGAUACAGUCGGUAGUUACCGACCCUCGGGGGCUUACGGCCGUGAUUCUUUGGAUUAUGAUACUGUUGGUCAGCUGGUGACCUCUGAUGAAACUACCCUGAUAGACCAGAACAUGACACCCAGAACAGAUUGUAAAUUUGCUAAGGAUUAUUGGAAGAGCGUGAAAGUUGGUGACAUUAUCCGUAUUCACAACGAUGACGAAAUCCCAGCAGACGUUGUUUUAUUGUCUUCGUCAGAUGCAGACGGUGCUUGUUAUGUGGAGACCAAAAACUUGGAUGGUGAAACGAAUUUGAAAGUCCGUCAAUCUCUUAGAUGCUCGCAUCAUAUAAGAAACUCUCGAGAUGUCACCAGAACCAAGUUCUGGUUAGAAAGUGAAGGUCCUCAUAGCAACCUGUACACAUAUCAAGGUAAUCUGAAAUGGGUGGAUAGCCAAGACAAUCGGUUAAAAAAUGAGCCCGUAAACAUCAACAACCUUCUUCUUAGAGGAUGUUUCCUGAGAAAUACCAAGUGGGCAAUGGGUUUAGUUGUGUUUACUGGCCAGGACUCGAAGAUUAUGCUAAACUCAGGCGUCACUCCUACUAAGAGGUCAAGAAUCGCAAGAGAAUUGAACUAUUCUGUUAUCAUGAAUUUUGUGCUGUUGUUUGUUUUGUGCCUUGUUUCUGGUCUGGUCAAUGGUAUUUAUUACCGAAAACAGAACGUUUCCAGAGACUAUUUUGAAUUUGGAACUGUCGCGAGUACUCCAGCAGCUAACGGAGUUGUUUCGUUUUGGGUUGCUGUUAUUCUAUAUCAGUCUCUGGUACCCAUCUCCCUCUACAUCACUGUGGAAAUCAUCAAGACAGCUCAAGCUGCUUUCAUAUAUGGAGAUGUCUUGCUGUAUUACAAAAAGCUGGACUAUCCGUGUACACCAAAGUCAUGGAAUAUUUCUGAUGACUUAGGCCAAAUCGAGUACAUUUUUUCCGACAAGACAGGAACUUUAACUCAAAAUGUCAUGGAAUUCAAAAAGUGCACAAUAAACGGUAUUUCAUACGGUAGAGCUUACACCGAAGCGUUGGCAGGGUUGCGCAAAAGGCAAGGUAUUGAUGUCGAGGCAGAGGGCGCUAUUGAACGCGCGGCUAUUGCGGAAGACAAACAAAUCAUGAUUCAAGAUUUGCAGGCCAUAAGCCCUGGAUCUGAAUUUGAUCCCGAGGCUUUGACGUUUGUUUCGAAGGAAAUUGUGCGUGAUCUCAAAGGUGCCAGUGGGGAUUAUCAAAAAAGUUGCAAUGAGCACUUUAUGCUUGCAUUGGCACUUUGCCACUCCGUUCUAGUAGAAAAAUCCAAAAAAAAUCCGGACAAAUUGGAGUUGCAAGCUCAGUCUCCCGAUGAAGCUGCACUUGUAGGUACAGCGAAGGAAAUGGGUUUUGCUUUUGCCGGAAAGACCAAGACUGGGUUAAUUGUUGAAGUACAGGGCGUCAAGAAAGAAUUUCAAAUUCUUAACAUUUUGGAGUUCAAUUCUACCAGAAAAAGAAUGAGUUGCAUUGUGAAAUUGCCUGGCGUUAGUAUUGAUUCACCCCCAAGGGCACUUUUGAUUUGUAAGGGGGCUGAUUCCAUUAUUUACUCAAGAUUAAGAAGGGGAGGUGGAAAGAAAGAUGAAACAUUACUAGAAAAGACAGCUCUGCACCUUGAGCAGUAUGCCACGGAAGGUUUAAGAACUUUGUGUAUUGGUCAAAGAGAGAUUUCCUGGAAAGAAUACGAGGAAUGGAAUCGUUCCUACGAGAUUGCUGCAGCAUCUUUAACCGAAAGAGAAGAAGAAAUGGAAAAGGUAGCAGAUAGCAUUGAGAGGGAGCUGACUCUUCUUGGUGGAACAGCCAUUGAAGAUCGUUUACAAGAUGGUGUUCCUGAUUCUAUCAGCAUUUUAGGCGAAGCUGGUAUUAAGCUCUGGGUUCUGACUGGUGAUAAAGUCGAGACAGCCAUUAAUAUUGGCUUCUCAUGUAACUUGCUCAACAGUGAUAUGGAGCUUUUGGUGAUAAAGACUGCUGGUGAGGAUGUUGAAACGGUCGGUAGAACACCUUUUGAAAUUGUUGAAUCUAUGAUUGAUAAGCAUUUGAACGAGAAAUUCGGAUUGACUGGCUCUUACGAAGAGCUAGAAGCAGCGAAAAAAGAACACCACCCUCCUGAGGGCAAUUUUGGUGUUAUUAUAGAUGGAGAUGCUUUGAAGAUGGCGUUCGAAAAUGAUGAUAUUGCUCGCAGGUUUUUGCUGCUGUGCAAAAACUGCAAGGCCGUUUUGUGUUGUAGAGUAUCACCUGCUCAAAAGGCCGCUGUCGUUAAGCUGGUGAAGAAUUCUCUAGAUGUAAUGACUUUGGCUAUUGGGGAUGGCUCCAAUGAUGUGGCCAUGAUCCAGUCUGCUGACAUCGGAGUUGGUAUAGCAGGAGAGGAGGGCCGCCAAGCCGUCAUGUCUUCGGAUUAUGCAAUUGGACAGUUCAGGUUUCUGACGAGACUUAUUUUGGUUCAUGGAAGAUGGUCCUAUAAGCGACUCGCGGAAAUGAUCCCCAGUUUUUUCUAUAAAAAUGCAAUCUUUACAAUUGCAUUAUUUUGGUUUGGGAUAUACAGCAACUAUGAUGGUUCCUAUCUGUUUGAAUAUACCUACCUGAUGUUCUACAAUCUCGCGUUUACUUCUCUCCCUGUUAUUUUUAUGGGUAUUUUUGAUCAAGAUGUAAAUGAUGUUGUGUCAGUACUAGUGCCACAGCUAUACCGAGUCGGUAUCUUGAGAACUGAAUGGACUCAGAAAAAAUUUUGGUGGUACAUGCUCGAUGGGCUCUAUCAAUCAGUUAUCUGUUUCUUCUUCCCGUAUCUGGUAUAUUACAAGACUGGUCUAGUGACAGCUACUGGCUUGGAUUUGGACCACAGGUAUUUCGUCGGUAUUGUGGUUGCAAGUAUAGCGGUCAUGUCCUGCAACUUGUACGUUCUCAUUCACCAGUACAGAUGGGAUUGGUUCUCGUCACUUUUCAUAGCAAUUUCGUGCCUCAUUCUUUUCGGAUGGACAGGAAUUUGGUCAAGUUUUGUGACUAGUGGAACAUUUUACAAAGGCGCAGCGAACGUAUUUGGCUCUCCAAUGUAUUGGGCUGUUUUAUUUGUAGGGAUACUAUUUUGCCUAUUGCCGCGUUUCACUUUUGACGUCAUGCAAAAAAUGUUCUUUCCUAAAGAUAUUGAUAUUAUCCGUGAAUACUGGUUGCAGGGUCACUUCGACCAAUAUCCAAUCGAUUAUGAUCCAACAGACCCCGAUAGACCUAAGGUCGACAGAUCAAGAACUACACUUCACGAUAACGCGCUUGGCGACAACCUUGAUCAUCUCCAUGCGAGAGUUAAUGACAAUGCCAUUUCCCGCGACACUGUCAUCACCGAAGAUAUUCCUAUGAACUUCAUUCAAAGUACGGACACUUCACCGGGUAGAUUCCGCCGUGUCUCUAGUACUAGAACGUCGCUUGAUAGGACACGAGAACAAAUGCGCAGUUCGAAUGAGCUGGAUGCCCGUUAUUCUAUAGACAGAGCUAGAACUUCGCACGAGCUACCUGGUGUCACUAGGGCUGAGGUUUUAAUGCGUAAAGGCUGA